AUGGACCUCGAGCUAUAUGAACAGAUUUUGAUGGCUAUCCACGUAAGCCACUCUCCAUUCGUGUCUCAUACGGACCGUCAAGCUGCUUAUCUCUUUUGUGAAGAAUUUAAAAGUCGUCGAGAUUGUGGACUCUAUGCCAUUGCAAUCUAUCGAAAUCCCCGUGGUGAGAAUCUAUUGGAAAUCGCAACACGUCAACACUUUGCUCUACACGUACUAGAACAUUAUUUAUUACAAUAUUGGGAGACAUUAUCAAUGGAAGAACAAUAUCAAAUGCGAAAAGAACUUGUCGAGUUGCUACUAUGUACCAUUGAGACCACUUCAAAUGACGUGGAAGAGCCCGUGUUUGUACGAGAGAAAAAAGUCGCGCUAUUGGCUCAAAUUGCAAAGCGACAAUUCCCUCAACGAUGGCCUGAUCUCGUUCCAGAGUUACUUCAAGUAUGGCAAAGUGGUUCGUCUAAACAAGUGGAGCUUGUACUCUUAAUCUUGAGGUCUUUGGCAGAAGAUUGCGUCAGUAUGUCGUUUAAUACGUCCAUUCCUCCUGCAAGGAGAAAAGAUAUUUUACAAGGAUUAAAUGCGUACUUGCCACAACUGUUUCCAGUCGUGUAUCACGAACUUGAGAAGCAGUUUGCACUUUACAAGUCACAAACAGUCACAGAAUCACAGAAGCAUUCGAGUCAGAGACUCAUUCAUGCAGUGUUAAACAUGUUGAAGGAGUUCCUCGAGUGGAUGCCACUGGAACAGCCUGUGGACCCAUCAACAAACUUUUGUAUGGUUGCCGUCUUGUUGCUAGAUGAUCACGAGUUUCGUGUAGCAGGAGCAGAGUGUUUAGAAGUAUAUAUGAUGCGUGGGUUUGGAAAGGAACACAGGGAAAUUAUGCUACAGAGUAUCAGUCAGAUUAUCAAGAAGGUUGAUACGCUGGAUUUGACGACUGUAGGGCCGGAUGUGAAGACAAACCUGCAUUUUAACAAGAAAGUGAACGAUAUGUUGAUUGCAUGGGGAACGAGUCAGUUGGAUGUGCUACUGCAGGACGAACCUGGUGAGCAGGAAAUGGCCCUGCUUCGUAUGGUACUGAAGAAUCUGUGCAAGUUGUUUGCCUACCCGAGUUUAAUUUUGACGGAAGCGCAAAUUAUUUUGUGGCUGGCGGUGCUGAAAAACAAAAAGGUUUUGAAGCAUGGUGAAACAUUCUUAGCUGACAUCUUGGAGCAGCUACGACAGAUCUCAUUCGACAAGUACUUUAAGCUAGGCUCGCCGGAGCGAGAUAAUCCGGGAAAUCAAGCUGCUGCUUGCGACUGCAGUAGAGAAGAAUUCGAUGAUCACAAUGAGUACAUAUCGUAUUACGGAAACUUUCGGGGACGUCUGUACGCAUUGAUCCGCAUAUUGGUACAGCUGAACCCUACCGUUGUAUUGCAGUCCUUGCACGAGCGCGUGGUAUUCGUACUGACGCAGAACGCUGUCGGAACGGACCACUUAAGUCCUGAUCGAGGCUUUUGCACUGACCUCAGUACCACCUAUUUGUAUCACGAAGGAAUCUCGUCUCUGAUAGAUUGCAUCGUAAAGCAACUUCCUCCAAGCGCAAUGCAAAAUCCUGUGAACCACCAGAUGUUGCAGAUGAUUUUACAGGCAAUUUUGUCGUUUGAGACUCCCGACCCACUUCUGAAGUUCCGCCAGCUCUUAGUGCUGGCAUCGUUUUCAAAGUACUAUGCACUCGAUGGUAGCACGCUGACAGCAGUGUUUGAGAUGCUCUUUUCUAACAUUGAUUUUGUCAUGUCCGGUGAAGACGUGCACGGUAAAAUGAGCAGUGACACUAUCAAUGUUCGGCGGCGGGCACUAUCGUCUCUAGUUUCGAUUUGCCAAACGAUUCCUGCGCACAUUUUGCCGGUACUCCCUGUGUUGUGUUCUAAGGCUCAGGAGCUCUUUGCUGCUGAUCGUGUCACCGACACAGAAGGGGUGAUGCUUUACGAAAUGCUGGUGUUGGUGUCAAAUUCGAUGGAGAACAGGGAGGAACGUGUUCAAUUCGUGCAACAAAUUGUACAGGACCCGCUCACUCAGUGGACAUCACCAGAAAUGACCGCUCUCGUCAGCUCCCCGCAGAGCAUUGCUACGGCGAUUGAAGCGGCUACGAACGACGAAAAGUCAAAAAAACAACUCAAAAUGAUUAUUAAGACGCUUACAACGUUGUAUGGUAUUGCGAAACGGGCAGGUGCGACCUUUUCACCGAAGACUGCCCAAGACACGGGAGCAUUCGAGAGUGCUUGGCCGCAUCUGCUGCCAAAUUUGUUGGCUCUCGUGCGUUCGCUUCAUGGUCUGAAAGAGCUGGCUGUUAAAGAAGCACUGCUGAAAAUGUCGAGUGCUUGCUGGCUGCUGAGUGUUUCUGUGGAUGAGGUUGCUCAGUUACUUGGAGGGAAAAACCAGUUAGAUGAAGAAGAAGUGGCAAAGCUAUCUGCCGCUUCUAGAUGGUCGAAAUGGCAUAAGAGUGUGCGUGAUAUUUCGUACCAUUUGAUGGGUGUGGCUGCGGGUCGGUUUAGUUUAUUUAACAGUUCCCAGGUAGCCUCUGUCCUGAAUAGUAUGCUUAGCGAUUUAGACUUGAUGGACCACCGCCACCUGAAGGGUGCUUUAGCGUAUGUGUAUCUACCGUUCCUGAAGAACUGCCCAAAAGAGCUGUACCCAUCACUACUGGAUCCUGUGCUUGGAACUUUGUUCGGUCAUUUCACUCAGCGAGCUGCAAUAAUAUUGCAGAGUCCCGUAACUGGAGAUAAGUCAACCCAAGCUCCUUGGAACGCGCUGGUAGUUGGUGUUGAAGAUGCAAAACAGGAGAUUGCGCGUGAGAAAAUGGUCAUGGAGCUUACCCGUCAAUUUAUUGAUUUCAUUGAGUAUGCUAUUGAUCCCAAGACAGUUGUGGGAACCGACACAGAUAAUCCGAAACAUGUUACAAGUUCUGAAGAUGCCUUCCUGCGUGAUUACAUUCUGACGCAAUCGCCUUCACUGCCGCUUGCGAUUGGUGCAAUCCUGGUACAGGUGAUUUGCUGGAAAGAUACGCUGAGUUGCCGAAAAGCAGUGCUUCUUGGCGACAAGCUUGUCAACGUCUUGCAUGCUGACAUAAAGUAUCACACCCUACUCGGUCGCGAUAUCUUCUCUGCAGCACUUCAGGGCAUUUUGAAGGAGCAUGUCGGUCACGUAAAGGAGGAUGGCCUUAAAUGGGAGAUCAUCAAUCUUGCGCGAAACAUUUACUGCAGGCUAACACUUGGCUUAGCUCCUGUAGAUGAGUGCAAGGGGAUUGACCCGUGCAACCAGCCACUUCGUCCUGCUUCGUCGCUAUGUGUAGUUCCACGCGAGAUUUUGCUAUCUCUUCCAGAUGUCACUUCUGGUCAGGUAGAUGCACUGGACACACUUUUACGUGCGAAGCAUAGCACAAAGACACAAAAAAAUGCGUUCAAGGAGCUUCUGGAGAUACCCAUUCUGGCAUUUCGGCGGGAGCAGUCGCUAACAUCAGGAUCGACAUCGCCUUUGAGAGGAAUUUUGGGUACGACAAAUACGUCGAUCAAGAACAUCCAGGACCUUCCGGAGAAGCUGGUGAUUCCCGGUAAAGAAUGUGAGGCACAAGUGAAGUUGCAGCAAGCCCAGAACCCAAAUUUAAAUGUGCACUCGCUCUUCGGUGCCCAGUGA